AUGGAAUACCAAAUCUUCCUGCUGGUUAUAUUCUCAAUAUGUUUAGAGAAAUUCACAACAGGCGAAUACCAACAAAGUUUAGCGAUAACAGACAUUUUACCCGAAGACAUAAAACGCUAUGACAAAAUGCGUCCUCCCAAAAAAGAUGGACAGCCAACAAUCGUUUAUUUUCACGUCACUGUAAUGGGUCUCGAUUCGAUCGACGAGAAUUCAAUGACAUAUGUAGCGGACGUUUUUUUCGCACAAACAUGGAAAGAUCAUCGACUGCGACUACCCGAGAACAUGACACAGGAGUAUAGAUUACUCGAGGUGGAUUGGUUGAAGAAUAUGUGGCGACCAGAUUCAUUCUUCAAAAAUGCUAAAUCAGUUACUUUCCAAACAAUGACAAUUCCUAAUCACUACAUGUGGUUAUAUAAAGACAAAACCAUACUUUAUAUGGUGAAAUUAACCCUAAAAUUGUCAUGCAUCAUGAAUUUCGCCAUUUAUCCACAUGACACACAAGAAUGUAAACUACAAAUGGAAAGUUUAUCGCACACCACAGAUGAUAUGAUUUUUCAGUGGGAUCCUACGACGCCGCUAGUGGUUGAUGAAAAUAUCGAAUUGCCACAGGUGGCGCUGAUACACAAUCAAACUGCGGAUUGCACGCAAGUUUACUCGACGGGUAACUUCACCUGCCUCGAAGUCGUUUUCACACUGAAACGCCGUCUAGUCUAUUAUGUCUUCAAUACUUAUAUACCGACUUGUAUGAUUGUCAUUAUGUCUUGGGUCUCAUUUUGGAUCAAACCGGAGGCAGCACCGGCGCGCGUUACACUCGGCGUCACUUCGCUGCUGACAUUAUCCACGCAACAUGCGAAGUCACAAGCAUCUUUACCGCCAGUUUCCUAUCUAAAGGCGGUCGAUGCAUUCAUGUCCGUUUGCACAGUGUUUGUCUUUAUGGCAUUAAUGGAAUAUUGCUUGAUAAAUAUUGUAUUAAGCGACACACCUAUACCGAAACCGAUAGCAUAUCCGCCAAAACCAGUGCCAGAGGGUGCGGCGGCGAAAAAAGACCCCGAAAAACCACCAGCGACAGCACCAACGCCUGCGCCGGCGACCACACCAGCCAAAGUGGUGCCGGAUGAAAAGAUUGAGAAAAUUGAGAAGAUAUUCGAUGAGAUGACCAAAAAUAAAAGGGUUGUGCAUACACGCCGUAUCGUACGCCCACCACUCGAUGCCGAUGGCCCUUGGAUACCACGACAAGAGUCGCGCAUCAUACUAACACCAACCAUUGCACCGCCACCACCGCCGCCGAAGCCAGAACCCGAGCCACCCAAGCCAAAGCUUACGCCACAGCAAGAACGUCUAAAAAGGGCAAUUUACAUAGACCGUACAUCGAGAGUGCUCUUUCCUGCGCUAUUCGCCAGUCUCAACGGCAUAUACUGGAUCAUAUUUUAUGAAUAUCUCUAAGCACAAAUUGACACGUUCACAUUCGUAUACAAUACUAUUCUCAAAUCUACACAAAAUGUGUGAAAUGUGCUUUAUGGUUUUAACACAAAUCGAUAGAAUAAAUAAUAACAAAAACAAAAACAAUUUCUAGACUAGUAUAAAUUACUAGAAUUAAAAAAUAGCAUAAACAAGAAUAUAAAUACAAUG